ACCAGCUCCUGUAAAAGACUGGCCAGAGAUGAAUGUGGGCUGCAUUCAUAGAAGGAUCCUGUCAAGCAAACCCUUACACUGCUCUUAGAGAAUGACACUCAAGGACAGGCAAGCAUUAAACAAGCUGCUGACCCCAUGCAGUCGCCAAGAUCUGAAGCCACUGAUUGGCAGAUUGGUGUUCUAGAUCAAAAUACCACAAAUAUCAAACUGUUCCAGCUUAAGGACACAAUGGAGCUUCUGUCUGCCCAUGGCAGAUCUGUCUGGGAGAGCAUGAAGGCGAGCUUUUGGUAUGAGGCUAUGAAAAAGAAGCUGCCCAUUUUGGUGUGGCUGCCCAAGUACUCUGUGAAAUGGCUGCAGAUGGACCUGAUCGCUGGGAUGACAGUGGGACUGACAGUCGUUCCUCAGGCGCUGGCUUAUGCAGAAGUCGCGGGCUUACCUGUGCAGUAUGGCCUCUACUCCUCGUUUAUUGGCUGCUUUAUUUACUGUCUCCUGGGGACCUCUAAGGAUGUCACACUGGGUCCGACAGCGAUUAUGUCCCUCCUCUGUGCGUCCUACAUAGGUCAUGACCCUGUACAAGCGGUUCUGUUGACGUUCCUCUGCGGCUUCAUCCAGUUAGUGAUGGCCAUCAUGCAGCUCGGUUUCCUCUUGGAUUUCAUCUCCUAUCCCGUGAUUAAAGGGUUCACCUCAUCUGCAGCUUUAACUAUUGGAUUUGGACAAGUCAAGAACAUUCUGGGACUCCAUGACAUUCCUCAGCAGUUUUUCCUGCAGUUUUACUACAUGUUCCGGAAUAUCUAUGAAACCAGAGUGGGCGAUCUCAUCCUUGGGUUAACCUCCAUUGCCCUUCUGGUGGUGCUGAAGGUCAUGAAAGACAGCUUGGCUCUGACUGAUGAAGACCCUGCUGUGGUUGUCAAAGUGUGCCGCACAGUGGUUUGGUUCUUGGCAACAGCCCGCAAUGCGCUUGUGGUGGUUGUAGCAGCUCUGGUGGCGUACGCCUGUGAGCUCAGCGGCAUGAAAGCGUUCACGCUAACCGGGAAAACCACCCAGGGCCUCCCGCCAUUCAAGCCACCCCAGUUCUACGAAUAUACUGGGAAUGAAAGUCUGCCCUUUAGCGAAAUGGUGAAGGAUUUAGGAGGUGGUCUGGCUGUCAUUCCACUCGUUGGUUUACUGGAGAGCUUAGCCAUAGCAAAGGCGUUUGCUAGUCAGAAUGAGUAUCGCAUCGACUCCAACCAGGAGCUCUUGGCUAUCGGUGUUACAAAUCUGCUGGGAUCUUUUUUUUCUGCCUAUCCUGUGACUGGGAGUUUCGGAAGGACAGCAGUGAAUUCCCAGACAGGGGUCUGUACUCCAGCCGGUGGAAUAAUCACAGGGGUGAUCGUGCUGCUGUCGCUUGCUUUCCUGAUGCCUCUCUUCUACUACAUUCCCAAGGCUGCUCUGGCAGCUGUAAUCAUCUGUGCCGUGGCUCCCAUGUUUGACUACAAGGUCUUGAAAACACUGUGGAAAGUCAAGAAGUUGGAUCUGCUGCCCUUCCUGCUGACGUUCUUCGUGUGCUUCUGGGGAGUCCAGUAUGGUAUUGUUGCUGGUAUAGUCCUGUCUGGCUUCAUGCUGCUCUAUAAGAUUGCCAGACCCAAGUUAGAGGUUUCAGAUCACGGUGUGCUGGUCAUAGCUCUGGACAGCGGGUUGAACUUUCCUGCUGCUGAGUAUCUCAGUGACAGGUUGUACAGACAGGCUCUCCUAGUGCCUCAUCCUCGAUCAGUUGUCCUAGACUGUCGUCAUGUGAGCAGCAUCGACUACACCGUGGUGAACGAAAUCAAGGACCUGCUCCAGCAGUUCCACCUCAACAAAGUCUCUCUGAUCUUCGCUGGCUUACGGAUUGCGAUUCUUGAGGUGCUGCUGGCAGCAGAUCUGAAGGGGCUGGAGCAUACAGAAAGCAUGGAGGAAGCACUUCAGUCUCUCUCUGAACAACACUUUGUAGAGGAGCAUGAUCAGAGUCUAUGCUGAGGAACUUAUCCCAGUGUUCCCCUUCAGUCAAUCCCCAUCAGCUUGCAUGGAC